AUGAUUCGACUAACUCCAUCCCUAAUUACCAUUGGGUUGGGCGAUAUCAAGGACUAUGAUAGACGCACAACACGUCGGGCCAGACUGAAGCUUGGUAAUAAUCCACAAGUCACACCUCAUCCCCACCAAAUCGUUCUGCCAAUUAGAUCUAUUAGCCCAAGAAGCAGAGUUUAUGGCCCAUCGGUUGAUGCUAUACCAAGUAUCGACGGAAGUCAUUUGGCAAAUCAAACUAAUCGACAACCGGAUGAGGGUCACAAUAUUCCUAGGCUUGAAUCUCUCUUUUCAUUGGAAUGCAUUUUCCAUAUGCCUGCCCCUGCUCAAGAUGCUGAUGCUCCAGAAUGGCGAAAUGCAUCACCUCGCUCGUCCAGUGACACAGUUACCAAUAAUCAACCUGUCUAUGACCCUUCAGUGGUGGUAGAGCGAUCCGAGGUGCACAAUGGGACCAGAAAAGAAACGUUCGAAGAGUGGCUAGAAGCGAGGCGCGGAAGGGUAUUGGAUGAUAUGCAGGAGGCUCAAUAUAGCCAAGAAUCUGUGGAGCUUGAAGCGGGCGAAGAGUCGUUCGAGAAUCUCGGCACCAAACGGCUCUCUUCUCCCUCCAAAGAUAACUUCGACUAUGGCGGAUUUGUCGAAAGCCCCACUCAGCAGGAAAGUGACCGAAGCCGAGGAUCUUCACCUUUCGAACCGGAAGAAUCUUCAACCACUCCCCAUCUUCGACUUCCAGCAGCACAAACGGUACAAGGCCGUACAAGAUUACCGCGAUCACCUUUGUUCCUUGCACAAAACGCAUCAAGCUCGCCAGAGCGGCGCCUCACAGCCAGCCUAACUCCAAGAGUUGUAUCCCGUAUAGCUACUCAUAAAACUCCUGGUUAUAUGUUUGCACAGCCAGCUCGACGCCCUGGAACUAGUCCUAAUCCUCAUUCUACGCGUCAACCUCGGACAUUGAGACACCAAACCAACAGCUUUUCAUUCGACGACUCGGAAAGAUCUAGUGUUGCUUAUGAACAAGAAAGGGCAUUGUCUUCGUCUACAACCGAUAGCCGGCCACGACCCUCUGAGAGUCUUAACCUGCAUCAGGAAUUGCGUGGAAGUUCUUUGCAAAGUUCUCGAAUACCUUCGUUUGCAAGUUCCAUUCGCAGUGAAAUUCCUUCAAAUUGGAGAAUAUCAACACAACCGGGAGAAAUUGAAAGUGAGGCGAACCUUAACCGAUGCAUAUAUGACGAAAAGAUGGACCCUCACAGUCUUGUCUUAAUCGCCGAGCAGUCGAUAAUAUCCACAACGAUUUUCGCUAGGCUUUCCCCGGAGUUACAUCUUCCACCACCGUUCGCAACUGUUUCUAGGUCAGUCUCGCGGUCAAGAUCACUUCCAAGUUCUCCAUCAGAUGGAUACCAAAAUAAACCUUCACCUUCAAGCCUCAUCAAAAGUUCCUCUGGUGGCCCUUCAGGAAACCCUUCAAGAGAUGUUUCUAUUUCAAGCUCCGCUAUAAGUCAACUAAUCCGAGAGCAUGAUGAGAAACAGACAUCAAGUCCGCCUUCCGGUGGGCGUCGACGAUUGAAUCCUAUUGUCAGAGCUGCUGCGCGCAUAUUCUCUAGUCCCAAGACCCGAUCGCCUCAACGCAAGUCUCCUCCCCCUUCACCUUCUCCAUCGCCACGUCGUCGUAAACGUCUACAACCAACUCCAAGAAGAGGCAGUGAUACAGGUCCACGAACAUAUACUCCAUCCAGGGGAUACUCCGUGUACAAUGAUUCUCUUCCCGCAGCAUCUCAACCUCAAACUCCGGCCCAAUUACCCGAAGCUCGACAUCAGUCUCGUUAUCAUCCAUCUUACACUGUACCCACAAAUCGAUCCAUGGCUCGAUUGAGAGGUCUCAUCACAGAUCCUGGAGUCGGCACUCCAACUAGGCCAAGCGAACCCAUCCAUCAAUAUUCUGCUCAGCGACAGAUGCAUGAAACUGAUGCUCGAUGGACGAGACGGAGAUCUGAUUCGCCAACAGGAAUGUCUGAUGGUGGAUUUGAAGGUCUUUAUGGUGGCAGAGAAAACGGGGAUGAACAAAUGAGCUGGCUUGAUGGCGUUAGAGCUCGCAAUGCUGAGAUGAGAACGUGGCAAAAUCGAAGAAGCUCCGAUUUAGAAUUGGAGGACGAGGAAUGA